UCGCUCCUUCCCCCUCGCCCGCCCGCUCCCGCUUCCAGCGGCGCCGGGCCUCCCGCUCCGCCUCCCCGUGCGCGGCUCUCCCGGGCGCGGCUCCGGGGUUCAUGGUGACGAGGCGGCGGCCGCUCGAGCCCAGCGGCGGCGGCCGGCGGGAGCUGGGGCGCGGGCCCGGGCCGCCUCUCCCAGAGCGCGGGGCCGGGCGGCGGGCGCGCCCAGGCAGCGGCUGCGAGCGCCCCCCCGCGCCGCGCCCCCGCGCCCCCCGCGCCGCGCCCCCGCGCGCUUGGCUUGCGGGGGGCCGGGCCUGCGGGCGGCCGCCGCGCCGCGCACCCAUGGACGGCCCGGCCAUCAUCACCCAGGUGACCAACCCCAAGGAGGACGAGGGCCGGUUGCCGGGCGCGGGCGAGAAAGCCUCCCAGUGCAACGUCAGCUUAAAGAAGCAGAGGAGCCGCAGCAUCCUUAGCUCCUUCUUCUGCUGCUUCCGUGAUUACAAUGUGGAGGCCCCUCCACCCAGCAGCCCCAGUGUGCUUCCGCCACUGGUGGAGGAGAAUGGUGGGCUUCAGAAGCCACCAGCUAAGUACCUUCUUCCAGAGGUGACGGUGCUUGACUAUGGAAAGAAAUGUGUGGUCAUUGAUUUAGAUGAAACAUUGGUGCACAGUUCGUUUAAGCCUAUUAGUAAUGCUGAUUUUAUUGUUCCGGUUGAAAUCGAUGGAACUAUACAUCAGGUGUAUGUGCUGAAGCGGCCACAUGUGGACGAGUUCCUCCAGAGGAUGGGGCAGCUUUUUGAAUGUGUGCUCUUUACUGCCAGCUUGGCCAAGUAUGCAGACCCUGUGGCUGACCUCCUAGACCGCUGGGGUGUGUUCCGGGCCCGGCUCUUCAGAGAAUCAUGUGUUUUUCAUCGUGGGAACUACGUGAAGGACCUGAGUCGCCUUGGGCGGGAGCUGAGCAAAGUGAUCAUUGUUGACAAUUCCCCUGCCUCAUACAUCUUCCAUCCUGAGAAUGCAGUGCCUGUGCAGUCCUGGUUCGAUGACAUGACGGACACGGAGCUGCUGGACCUCAUCCCCUUCUUUGAGGGCCUGAGCCGGGAGGACGACGUGUACAGCAUGCUGCACAGACUCUGCAAUAGGUAGCCCUGGCCUCUGCCUGCCUCCCGCCUGUGCACUCUGGAACCUCUGGCCUCAGGGGACCUGCCUGUCCUCAGCUCCCUGGGAGCUGAAAGUGAGGAUACUCCGUGCUCCAGGCCACAGGGUGAAUGUGGCCAUGCCUACCUGUUUUGUUUUUUUAAGAACAGAAACAACUAUUUUAAAAGAACUCUUUUAAGAAAUUUCAUAAAGGGACAUGCAUUUUACUGGAUUUGCUUUUCUUAAAACAUACC